ACUCGCUCAUUCAAAGCACACACGCAAGAUGGCCAUCAAGGUCGAGAGCUUCGCAAUCGUUUUAGCUAAUGUAAUAGUCCUGGUCUUGGGACACGGGUACAUGAUAGACCCACCAGCAAGGAACGCUUGUUGGAAAGAAUUUGGACAAUGUGUUCCUAACUAYACACCAAACGAACUGAACUGUGGAGGAMGACCAACACAGAUUGCUAAUGAUGGAAAGUGUGGUGUUUGUGGUGACAGAGUUGGGACAAAAAAGCACGUUUAUCCUGGAAGGUAUGCUACAGGCUUUAUCACAAGAACGUACAGAAAAGGACAGGAAAUUACUGCAAAGAUUCAUAUCACCGCUAAUCAUAAAGGAUGGUUUGAGUUCAGAGUUGGYGACAUUGGUGCUCCACCUAUUACACAACCCAAAUUGAGUUACCUCYUGACGAAUUCCCUCGGGAAGACGCGAUAUCCUCUUCGAGGUUCUGGAAAUAGCUACGAGACUAUCAAGCUUCGUCUCCCUGCUGGAUUGACCUGUAGGCACUGCGUUCUUCAGUGGUGGUGGAAAGUCGGCAACAGCUGGGGGUGUGAUGCCGAUGGGUGCGGCCUUGGACACGGUCAUCAAGAGACAUUUGUUAACUGUGCUGAUAUACAGAUUGCAGGGGAUGGGGGAAUCCAACCCCCUACUCAGGCGCCACCCCCACCCCCUACGCAGGCACCACCCCCACCCCCUACGCAGGCACCACCUCCACCCCCUACUCUUAUCAACACCUUGUGUCCCAACGGGGGUGCCUUACAAGUUGCUGAGAAGAUUGCACUGUGUAACCGCAACUUAAAGGAUAAUUCUACAAAUAUGCAAACUGUCCAGGAAUGA